UGCUUGGCUGAAAAUGGUGAGGAGCAAGUACAAAAACAAUGUGGUCAGCUAUACGCAAAACCAGAGCGAUGACACGGUUGCUUGUCAUCCAAUCACUUCCUUUCUCUUAUAGCAAGCCUCCAUUUCCAUCUGCACACCCUCACUCUUUCCAGAACCAUCUCUUUUCACUCUCCCGUUCGGGUUCUUUUCCUGCGAAAAUUUGGAGUCCCUCAAUCCGUGCAUUUUGUUCAAAAUCAUCUGAAGUGAAACCAGGAAGCAUGCAAAAUCCGGAAUCGAUAUCGUACCUUACGCAGCGAGAAGCUGCCGAGAUCGAUGAGGAACUCAUGGGCCCUCUUGGCUUUAGCGUCGAUCAGCUCAUGGAAUUAGCUGGUCUAAGUGUGGCGACAUCGAUAGCAGAGGUCUACAAGCCAAGUGAGUAUAGUCGUGUUCUUGCAAUUUGUGGUCCUGGGAAUAAUGGUGGAGAUGGUCUGGUAACUGCUCGUCAUCUGUACCAUUUUGGAUAUAAACCUUCUAUAUGUUAUCCGAAGCGCACCCCGAAGCCCCUUUACACUGGUCUGGUUACUCAGCUGGAAUCACUAUCGGUCCCUUUCUUGUCUGUGGAAGAUCUGCCUGCAGACUUGUCUAAGGACUUUGACAUUCUAGUAGAUGCCAUGUUUGGAUUCUCAUUCCAUGGAACUCCAAGGCCACCUUUUGGUGAUCUGAUUCAAAAGCUAGUUAGUUUGCAUGGUUAUGAUCAGGCAUGUCCCAAACCUCCUGUCAUUGUGUCUGUGGAUAUUCCUUCUGGGUGGCAUGUUGAAGAAGGAGAUGUUGGUGGUGAAGGAAUUACACCUGAUAUGUUGGUCUCUUUAACUGCUCCGAAGUUGUGUGCAAAGAAAUUUCGUGGUCCACACCAUUUUUUAGGAGGUAGAUUUGUUCCCCUGUCAAUUGUGGACAAAUAUAAGCUUGUGCUUCCUUCUUAUCCUGGGACAUCUAUGUGUGUCCGAAUUGGAAAGCCUCCUCAAAUUGAUAUAUCAGCCCUCAGAGAGAACUAUGUAUCUCCAGAAUUACUGGAGGACCAGGUGGAAUCCGAUCCCAUUGAUCAGUUCCGCAAAUGGUUUGAUGAUGCAGUUGCUCGUGGAUUGAAGGAACCAAAUGCUAUGGCUUUGUCAACUGCUGGCAAGGAUGGAAAACCCUCAUCAAGAAUGGUGUUACUAAAAGGAUUCGACGAGGAUGGAUUUGUCUGGUACACCAAUUACAGAAGUAGGAAGGCACGUGAUCUGUCUGAAAAUCCCCAUGUUUCACUUCUUUUUUACUGGGAUGAUCUUAAUCGGCAGGUAAGAAUUGAAGGAUCUGUCCAGAAAGUUUCAGAUGAAGAAUCUGAACAGUACUUUCAUAGCCGUCCUCGUGGAAGUCAGAUUGGAGCAAUUGUUAGCAAGCAGAGUUCUGUUAUUCCUGGAAGGCAAGUUUUGCACCAACGAUACAAAGAACUAGUAGAAAAAUACUCUGAUGGAAGUUUGAUUCCAAAACCUAUAUAUUGGGGAGGAUAUAGGCUUAAACCACACCUUUUCGAGUUUUGGCAAGGACAGCAAUCUCGUUUACAUGACAGGUUAUUAUAUUCUCCACGAGAGAUCAAUGGAAAACGAGUGUGGAGAAUGGAUAGGUUGGCUCCCUGACUAGUAUUCGCAGCUUCCUCGUUGUGAGUUGGAUCAAUUAGAGAUUGAUGGAAAAGAAGAUGCAUUUAUGCGCUCCCCUGAUAGGCAGAUCUCAGGAUUUGUCUGGUACACA